CCGGGACCGCUGGCACCGCCCCACCUCCGUGCUGCCGGAUCAGAGCCGAGUGGCGCUGCGGGGGCUCCCGCGCCAUGGGGCGGCUGGUGUCCGUGAGCGUGCUGGGCAUCGCGCUGGCGCUGCUGGGCGAGCGGUUCCUGGCGCUCAGAAAUCGACUUAAAGCCUCCAGAGAAGUAGAAUCCAUAGACCUUCCAAACUGCCACCUGAUUAAAGGGAUUGAAGCUGGCGCUGAAGAUAUCGACAUUCUUCCCAGUGGCCUGGCUUUCUUUAGUGUGGGUCUGAAAUUUCCAGGACUCCACAGCUUUGCCCCAGAUAAGCCUGGAGGAAUUUUAAUGAUGGAUCUAGAAGAAGAAAAACCGAGGGCGCUGGAACUAAGAAUCAGCCGAGGGUUUGAUUUGGCUUCAUUUAAUCCUCACGGCAUCAGCACUUUCAUAGACAAGGAUAACACAGUUUAUCUCUUUGUUGUAAAUCAUCCUGAAUUCAAGAAUACAGUGGAAAUUUUUAAAUUUGAAGAAGAAGAAAAUUCUCUGUUGCACCUGAAAACAAUCAAACAUGAGCUUCUUCCAAGCGUGAAUGACAUUGUCGCUGUUGGACCUGCACACUUCUAUGCCACCAACGACCACUACUUUUCUGACCCUUUCUUAAAGUAUUUGGAGACCUACUUGAACUUACACUGGGCGAAUGUUAUUUACUACAGUCCAAAUGAGGUUAAAGUGGCAGCAGAAGGAUUCGAUUCAGCAAAUGGGAUCAAUAUUUCACCUGAUAAAAAGUACAUCUAUGUUGCUGACACGUUGGCUCAUGAAGUUCGCGUUUUAGAAAAACAGCCUAACAUGAACUUAACUCAAUUAAAGGUACUGCAGUUGGAUACACUGGUGGAUAAUUUAUCUGUUGAUCCUUCCUCGGGGGACAUCUGGGUAGGCUGUCACCCUAACGGACAGAAGCUCUUCGUGUAUGACCCCAACAAUCCUCCUGCCUCAGAGAUUCUUCGCAUCCAGAACAUUCUCUCUGAGAAGCCUACGGUGACCACAGUCUAUGCCAACAAUGGAUCCAUCCUCCAGGGAAGCUCGGUGGCAGCCUUGUAUGACCGGAUGCUGCUCGUAGGCACUCUGUACCACAGAGCCUUGUACUGUGAACUCUAAACCGUGUUUUCAGUAUGCAAGUGUGAUAACUUCUUAACCAUUAAUUGUCCAUGAAUGGCUCAUUCUGAGGGAAUUUAACUAGCAAUACUGACCCAGAAAUGGAUGGCAUAUAUAGUUAAUUAAGUAAAGAAAGGCCCCAUCAGUUCUUAUAGCACUUU